AUGCUCAUCCGACUCACAGCUCGUAGCCUUGUCCUACUGCAUCUCCUGGCUCGGCGCAUACACAAGCACCCAGAUCUUCAUUCAUGCCAAGUACACGCGGAACUCGUGGACCAAGGUGCUUUGGAUCCUUCUCGCAAGCCUCGUCUAUGGAUUCUGCGCAAUAUGGUGUAUGCACUUCGGGUAAACCCGGUCAAUAAUGACUUGUGGGUCGCCCUUCCUUGUCUGACGGUGGUUGAAAUACCCGACAUCGUCCGUGCUUGGUCAUGGAGACUCCAUGUCAGUGAGAUCAGUUGGCGGUCAAAGCUAGUGAUAGGUGGUCCUCUGCCUCAACCUCUUUGCGGUGGUCUCAUGCAGACAUGGAGUGUCGGAGUACGAGACUAUUGGAUACAGCACCGCACCGUGGCCGUCUGCUCCUUGUCCUGCUCUACUAACUCUGUCUGUACGAGCUACCUGAGCUUCGGGCGCUGUCAUAUUCAGAUGGGCAUGCUAGCAUGUCGCCUCGACAUACGCGUAAGAUUUAAUAUCCCUCUCACAAUUCUCUCCGCAGUCGUCGCGGUCGCGUUCACCUUCGCUGCCUUUUGGACGGCAUACCUUUCCGAGACCAUCGAAAACCCGCACGUCACGCUUCUUGUCUCGCAAGCAUACAAAGCUGUCCGCGCAUGCAUAUACUCGCGUUGUCCGGAGCGCGACCCCGAGGCUGCCUACGAAGCACUACAGCAGGACGGUGAGGGCCACCACGACGACCCGUGUCCCCGAACAUCCCAAGAUUGGACAGAGGAGGAAUGGGAUGUCGGGGAGAACAUGGAGCCCGGGCCAUGCCAGCGGUCGCAAACGCCGCUGCGACGGUUGUCUUGCGAUGAGCACGAUACGUCAAGCACAACCUCGAGCUCCUCAACCAGGUCAGAUUCGUCAGAGCACAUGCGGCAGCAUGUCGCAUCGGGCUCGGGGAGUACAUUCUCGGGCACGACGCUCGCAUCUACGGCGAGCUUAUCGGGCACCAGCCACCCGUCGUGGGACGAGAGCCUGCACGCGGGGCUGAGCAGGGAGACGCGCCUGCGCCUCACAGCGCAAGCACAGGAGCGGCCACCGCCAAUGUUCGAUUGGAGAUACUGGGCGAAGACCCAUUGGAAGACGGUAACGAGGCUGCUUGCACUGCGGGCGGCGGUGUGGGGGAUGGCGCUGGUGCUUAUGCACUAUUGCGGGAUGUGGGCGAUGCACAUUCCGGGAGGGCAUAUCUCGUGGAACCCUGGCAUCGUCGUACUAUCGUACGGGGUGGCGUUUGCGAUGUGUCUUGUCGCGUGCAUCUUCAUGGAGCACAUGGAUAUGCAUUUUGGACGGCAAGUCGCGUUUAGUACUAUUGCUGCGUUUGGGUGCUGUUCUAUGCAUUACACUGGCAUGGCCGCAGCAACAUUCUACACUUCCAGUCCACCGGGGCCGCCAGAGGCGGGAUACCCGCAGUAUUUGCAUAGCACAAUUAUCGGCAUCGCGGUAUGUGUGUGCGUCGUCUCGAACGUCGUGCUCGCGCAGAAUGCUAUUACCGCGCGCAAUCGCAUGGCGGAAAUGAUCUUGACAAAGCGGCGUCUGUGGCGAAUCAUGGCUGAGAAGGAGGCAGCAGAGCGGGCGAACGAGGUGAAGCAGCAAUUCAUCAGUGUUGCAAGCCAUGAGAUACGGACGCCGAUGCACACUGUGAACGGGUAUUGUGAACUUCUGGCGCGCACGCCGCUGACUGAAGAGCAAACGGUCUAUAUCGCAAGUAUACAGCAAGCAUGCCAUGCCAUCAACGUGAUUGCUGGGAAUGUUCUCGAUUUUAGCAAGCUUGAUCGCAACAACGUAGAACAGUCUGCGCGGCCGGUGCUCGUGCAACUGCGAAAAGUGCUGGAAGACCUCGCGCGCAUACAAUCGAAUGUACCGGGCGUGGACAUCAUCAUUUCAGUUGCGAGCGACGUCCCGGUGACAGUUUACCUCGAUGAGACGUAUACUUUCCGGGUUCUCAUGAAUAAAUUCUGCGAUAAAGGCUACAUAUGCGUCACAGUGUCUAUGAAUGGACCUGGACAGCUUGUGUUCCAGGUUAGAGACACAGGAUGCGGCAUCCCUGCCCGCUUUCGCAGCGCAAUCUUCGAGCCCUUCCGGCAAGCAGAUACCUCGCUCAUUCGUUCUCGAGAAGGCACCGGCCUCGGACUGAGCAUCAUCAAACACCUCGUUCAGCGCAUGAUGGGCUCGGUGGAGGUUGAGUCGACUGAAGGCUUGGGCAGCACGUUUACCGUCAAGCUACCUGUCGCUCCCCCCUCGUGCACGAACACUCCAUGUUCCGACGAUAUCCCCCUUCUGGACCUCUCGGAGAUUCCCUCGACCCCGACACCCAAGCGAAUUUGCGUCGUGUAUUCCGAUCCGCGCACAGAAGCACUACUCGUCGAGUUGUGGGCGCAACACGGGCAUAUCACAUCCCGUGGCAUUGCAGCGAAGUCUGUCGCAGAGUUGGUUCAUACUGCUGAUGCAGUAUGGACUGACGUCGGGAGCGUCGCAGUGUCGCCCCUGCUGCGUGCGCUCCUGAGUUCCAAGACUCCCCGUCCGUUCCCUGUGUACAUCGCGUACAACGAACAGAGCGAUUUGGCCGCGCUCGAGCCAGAAUGGAGUGGAGCGCGGAAUGCUGUGCUGGUGAAACGGCCAGUGGUCCUCCAUGCGCUGCGUGACCUGCUUGAGUCGCCCGAAUCACACAUGGGUGUGCAUGUACUGAAAGAGCAGUCGAAGGUCCGCUUUGCGAUUCCCGCACAGUAUGCGGAGACAUUGUCACCAAACGAGACAGUUCUCCCAAGGCCAGCUAAAUCAUACGUGGGACCUGUCGAGGAGAUCGAGAUGACAGUGGAGCCGAGGAACAGAAGGGAGACGGUGCUGCUGGUUGAGGACAAUCCGGUGAAUCAGCGUUUAGGAUGCCGGCUUCUUGAAAAACUGGGGUAUGCUGUUGUCACGGCCAACCAUGGUCAAGAAGCCCUAGACGCUAUCUCGAGGUCGACUUUCUAUUGUUGUUUAAUGGACUGCCAGAUGCCAGUCCUUGACGGCUUUGCGACUACUCGCAAAGUCCGCGAGUUGGAGAGCGAGGGCACGCUACAGGGCCACCUGCCUAUCGUUGCCCUGACUGCCAAUGUCACGACCGACUGCGAAAGCCUCUGUCGACAAGCUGGCAUGGAUCAUUUCUUGCCCAAACCUCUUGUGCUUGCGGAUCUUGAGGAGACACUCAAAUCGUACGGAGGACCUCCACCACACUGUAGCACCUGACAUCUUUGACAAUUUUUCUCACUACUUGAGCCGUUGAAUAUCGCUUUCCAGUUGCCACGCUGUUUUUGCUUUGCUUAUCUAUAACAUACCACAUUUCUAGGAUUGAUUUGUAGCGAUAGUUUGUAGGAUAAAUGCCCAUACUUCCAGGCAAUAUCAUGCCCAGGUUCCUAGAACCAGCCUUCACUCU